AUGGCGAGGGCAGCCCGCUCUAGGCGCCACGGGCUGCGGCACUCACGAACGGCGCCGUAUACGAACGAGCAACCAGCUGACAGUUGCAGGCAGCAACACGCACAGUCAAGUUCAGAUUCAUCUCAGCUCAGUUCAUAUCCAUCUCAGCUCAGUUCAGAUCCAUCUCUGCUUAGUUCAGAUCCAUCUCAGCUCAGUUCAGAUCCAUCUCAGCUCAGUUCAGAUCCAUCUCAGCUCAGUUCAGAUCCAUCUCAGCUCAGUUCAGAUCCAUCUCAGUUCAGUUCAGAUCCAUCUCAGCUCAGUUCAUAUCCAUCUCAGCUCAGUUCAGAUCCAUCUCAGCUCAGUUCAUAUCCAUCUCAGCUCAGUUCAGAUCCAUCUCAGCUCAGUUCAGAACCAUCUCAGCUCAGUUCAGAUCCGUCUCAGCUCAGUUCAGAUCCAUAUCAUCUCAGUUCAGAUCCAUCUCAGCUCAGUUCAGAACCAUCUCAGCUCAGUUCAGAUCCGUCUCAGCUCAGUUCAGAUCCAUAUCAUCUCAGUUCAGUCUCAGUUCAGAUCCAUCUCUGCUCAGUUCAGAUCCAUCUCAGCUCAGUUCAGAUCCAUCUCAGCUCAGUUCAGAUUCAUCUCAGCUCAGUUCAGAUUCAUCUCAGCUCAGUUCAGAUCCAUCUCAGCUCAGUUCAGAAAUAUACAGCUUCUCUUUCCCUAAAUUUAAAAGAUUCCCAGCCCAGCUGA